UGUCAGAAACACCUCUUUAGAGUUUUGUUGUCAAAUGUGUUUAAAAAUGUAAUAGCAAAAUAUAAACUGUCUUAAUUUUAUUACUUGUGCGUCAUAGAUGACUAGUUUCAUUGUGGAUUUGUUUCCUCUUUAGUAGUCUUUCUGACAGCUGACAGGUGUUACCAUAUGAAACAAACCUCACUGUUGGGUGGGAGGUAACAGGUAUCUUUUUCUGAUUUGAAUUAAACUUAAGCUAUGUCGUACGCAUUGUGCUGUUUGAGUCUGAGAGGUUGUUUUGGGGGGCCGUCAAACUAUGGGGGAAACUUAUCCAAUCGUCGUGACCAAAAUGGUGUGGAGGGUAACAGAGAACCUAUUUUGUUGGACACCAACUACAUGGGUCAUGAGGUUGUCAUUGUGAAAAAUGGUAUACGCCUCUGUGGAAACGGAGGGACCAUAGCUACUGAACCAAUUAACCAGAACAAAGCGUAUUGGGAAAUUAAACUACAACAAACAGGUGUAUGGGGUGUUGGUCUCGGAACACGCAAUGCUGAUCUGAACUCAGCCCCAGGUGGCUCAGACAAAGAUUCGUGGGUCCUAUGUAAUGAUGGUACCCUGAGACACGAUAAAAAAGAAGUUGGAAAGAUUGCUGGCAUUCCUGGGGAUACAAUCAGUGAUGGUGACAUACUGGGUAUGACAUAUGACCAUGAAGAACUGAAGUUUUAUAUUAAUAAUGUAUUAGUGGAGCCAGCAAUGACUGGUAUUCGAGGAACAGUGUAUCCAAUCCUCUUUGUGGAUGAAGGCGCAAUAUUGGAUUUAUGUGUUGAAAGACUCCAUUAUUCUCCACCAUCUGGCUUUGACCGGAUUAUGUUAGAGCAGUCACUUCUGUGACGUUUGAUUUAUCAACACUUAUCACAAUUCCUUGUACUGGCUGUGCUUCCAAAUCUGCAGGAUUUAGAGCAAUUGAAUCUUAAACAUCACAGUGACUUGCAUUACUGCAGGAUCAAGAGUAAACUAAGAAAUUCACAGUGACCCACAGAGCAAUUUCACUGUGAUACGUUAUAUUCUAUUUCAGAAUAUUUCUACUGUCUAACAUUGAGAGCAGUAAAUUUUAGUGGCAUCAUUGAUCUUUAAUGGUGGUGUACGUACAGGCAGGCAGUUGUUUGUUAUUGGCUAUGAAUCUUUUAUCUCUGAGAUCUUGAAGAGUUAUCAAACUUACUUUGAUGAAAAAUCUCUUGGAUGAACUAAUGCUUUACACAGGGUUUCAACUAUAUUAAUGUUUAACUGUUGUUAUCAUUUCAUUUGUAAAUUUUCUUAGAAAGCUACACUUUCAUUCAUCUGCCUGUGGGGUGUGGGAAGCAGUGGAUGGUCAAAUUUUAUUACUCUUCUCAUUUUAUUUUAAGCUCGAACGCAGAUUUUGUUGCUAUGUGAUGGACUGAAUUUUAUGUUAUUGUAGUUAAUUUAUUGACCAAGUUGCAUGAGAAAUGUUCUUUUCUUCAUACAUUCCUGUUAGAAAUCUACAAAUCUACACCUGUUUACCAAAUGUUUGGAUGCAUGUUGAACAGAAAAUGCAUUAUUUUAAAAAUAAUAACACAAUAGACAAAAAGAAA